UCAGAUUGCCCCUUACUCGAGGCAAUAACCCCUGCCAGCCAGGGCUCCUGUAGAAACUGAGUCCCGCUGCUCAGGCCUGGAGUGGAUCACCAUGUUUUAGGCUAGUGGGAGGCAGAAUACUUAAGCUCCCUGCCCAGCCAAUCCGUCCAUGUUGUCUUCAAGCCCUGCUUCCUGCACAUCCACCAGCCCUGCUUCAGACAACCCAGGCAAGAAGGUCCAGUGGGCUUCUGAGAAGAGGAGGAGGACAUCAUCUACAGACUCAGAGUCCAAGGGUCACUUGGACCCUUCCAAGCUGGCCAGGUCCCGAAGAUCCAGCAGGCUGACAGUGAAGUACGACCUGGGGCAUCUUCAGCGCUGGAUGGAGAUGGAGCAGUGGGUGGACGCUCAGGUUCAGGAACUCUUCCAGGGUCAACCAGUCCCUUCUGAGCCCGAGAUUGACCUAGAAGCCCUCAUGGAACUAUCCACAGAGGAACAGAAGACUCAGCUCGAGGUCAUUCUCCAGAACUGCCCCCGCCCCACAGAGCCUUUUAUCUCUGAGCUGCUCAGUCAACUCAAGAAACUCCGGAGACUCAGCCGGCCUCAGAAAUAAGCGUGGUGAGACCAACUUUGGCAGCCUGAGCACUGCUAGGCCUGCCUUGACCCGCUGGACUCUGGCUGAGCAAGAAACAUCUUGUGAUGCAGACAAGAAAUGUGGAAAUCAAGAAGGGACAUCUGUUCAGCCCUAGUGUGUAUGCACCCACAGCUAGGUUCUCUCAGCUGGGCUCCCCCAGAAGCCAAUUGUGGUUUUUGUCCAGUGCUUUCAUUGGCAGCCAGGAGGAUAAAACUUUAAGGAGCCCCAGCUAAAUUGAGUGUGGAAUGGAUCUGUGCCAAGGGACAGUGGGAGCGAGAGGAUGAAGUGAUGCCAUAGAAGAUCAACAUCCUAAGUCACUAGGCAAUACCCAUACCCACCCUUGUUUCCUCCCUUUCAUUUA